AUGGUGAUCCGAAUGGUGAACAUAAUACAAAGAGUAAGAAUCAUCCUUCGAGCAACACUAUCUCACCACUACGAUUCUACGAUUCCUCGAUGGAUGAAACCUUCAAGAAAUGAAGAAGAAGAACACGAGAAAUUUAGAAAUUGUAGGAAUAGAUCUUCAAAUCUAAACUUUAGAUCUCACGAGGCUCGAUACCAUAUUGAAAUCUUGGAUUGUAAACAAGAAUCGGAUCCAAGAAGUCUAGUGAAUCUUGAAUGA